UUUUUUUGUCCCAGAUGUUUACUUUUUUUGGCCGAUAAGAAAAAACACAAUUCAAUAAUACAUAUUCAUGAUUGUGUGCAUAUUUAUUUCCUCCAUUGUGUGUGGUCGAUUUUAACUUUUGGUGACUUUUUCCAAAAAAAAAUAUUUUUUCUUAAAUUUUUCUUUAAUCCUUUUAUUUUUUACAUAUUUUCCCUUUUUGUAAUUUUUCUUUUUCUUCUUUUAUUGCAAAAUUCUGAAUCACUGAAAAAAAUUGAAAACAUUUUGUUUGUUCAUCUUUUCUCGAAUUCCUUCCCUUUUUUAUUUAAAUUAACCCCCUCCUCCCCUUCUCUUCUUUACUUUCUCUUUUUUGAUGAACUUUUGGGCACAUUUCUAUUUUAUUUUUUUUUCAGAAUUUAUUUUACAAACUAGUGAUCUCUAAAUUUUGUUUCUGAACGAGUGUUGUUAACUAUUCCCUUUUUUGUUUCCUUGGCACUUCGCAAAUUGAAAAAAUGCUCAGGUAGUAAAAACUAAAGUCAAAUAAAAGAAUACAGUCGAAAAUGAUUUUUAGAUACCCCCUUGGAGUUUAAAAAUUGUUACCUUCUAAUGAGUACCUUAAAUUUGUAUGUAUCAUUUAAACAAAACGUCUUUAUAGAUAAAGUUAUCACUUAACUUCCCCACUCACUUACCAAAAGGAUUAGGGACAAGUUUGGAAAAAAGUCGGUUCUUUCGGGUAACCGCCAACUAAAUUUUACACAAUUUUUCGAUCUUUUUCAACAUUUUCAAAUCCUUUUUAAGCUCAUCUUCAAGUUCCAUUGGAAAAUCUUCCUCAACAAUCACCCUUUCCUUUCCGGCCACUUCCGACUGCACAACAUCUGGUUUAAUGUCCCCUCUGUCUUUUAGCGGGGAUAGACGUCCAAACGAUUUGUCUAGUACAGUUUACGAUGACGACGACGAUUUGUUUAGUUCUCGAUUAGCGUCUACUAGCGAUGUUGGGGCUACUUUGCCUUUAAAUAUUGUAAAUCCUUGUUAUCAAUCUCCUUUGUUUUCACGUCAGGAAAGGCAAUUAAAGUUUGAUACUUUUGGAGACUCUCCAACAACAACAACAACCCUAAAUAAUGUCCGGAGAGCAGCUUCAGUACAAAUAACUAGAAGAUUUCCAUUAAAGGAAACUGAUAGUCUUGUCAAUUGUUUACAAUCUUCUUCAAAUUCUCCAGAUUCUUCAAUUAAUAAUUAUGACAAUACUGACACUUCUUUAUUUUCUCAACAAAACUCCUCUUUUCCUACUUUUUCUGUCAGUAUUGACAGUUUAAGUGCUCCCGUUAUGGAUUACCUCGACGAGAAAUUAAUUCACCAACAAAUUUCUAAAUUAAUUAAACAACCUUGUUGUUCUUCCUCUUCUCUAUCGUCCUCCUCUUCUUUUAUCUGUGAUGAACAAUCUUUCCCCUCUUAUAAUAAUUCACGUUCUGGUGCUCCUAAAAGAUUGAUACUUGAAUAUUUGAGUAGAUUUCGAAAAUUACACACAACAAAAGGUGAAUACAUAUUUGUUUGGGGAUACGGUCAGAUCUCUCUAUGA